GCUCAGUUGAAUGUUGAUGGUGCAUCUCGAAAUGGUGUUCUGAGGCAGUUGCGGAUCAAUUGCUCGAUGUCUCUGACUGUCGCAACUCCCUCAUGAUCUACUCUCAUGUUAUAGAGCCUGGGGCUUUUGUAUACCUUCACCGUCACUUUCGUCCUGGCAUAUGCCCUCAAGCAUCCAUCCGCGUUUCUGGCGCAAGGUUAGAAGGAUUGGCCGUACUCUCAAAGGCCGAGAGAAUGAGGCUAACUCGGGUCCACUAAAUUCCUCGACCUCGGAGUCCCUUUCUUUCGCCUCCUCAACACCUUCUCUGUCCAACGCGUCGUCGUCAAGCACUCCUCUAUCCGCUUCCGGCUCCAUAUCUUUUCACCCGUCCGCCAGCGGUGCUAUCGCCUCUUUCUCGACCCCUUCUACCAGUCCGACUUACACUCCCUUGCCAAACCCUGUCGUUGCGACAUCAACGUCUUUGUCAUCUGUGGACUCCUUGACUGGAACGUCUACACAGACUACUCUGGAAAGUGGUCCUUCCUCUCCUGCCGAAAACGCAACUUUUACUGUGCAAAGCCUGAAUGUAACUAUGCCCCCACCAAGUAGCAGUAGCAGUUCGACCUCUUCGAAUUCGGGUCCCCCGACAUCUUCGGCUUUGGACUCGUUGUCAUCAGUGUCGUCUUCUGGCGUAUCAAGCAUCACAACGGGAUCUGACCAAACGUUAUCGAGCUCUUCAUCUUUGACUACUAGCAAUUCCCUCCAGUCCUUUUCUUCCACAUCAAGCUCUUCGAGGAUUGGUCCAAUUACAGCAAAACUGUCGAGAUCCAGCGAGCUUUCUUCGACGCCUACUUCAUCUAAAAUCCGAUCUAGCUCCUUCUCGCCAUCUGAGACGACGCGUGCAUCAUCUCCGUCGUUAUCGUUUCCCUCCACCUUGUCGCCCACACGUUCACCUAGCUCCGUGUUCCAGACGCCAUCUACAGCUCCUUCCCUUGGGACGAUCCAUACGCCAUCCGAUGCGACAACAACACUCGCUUCUGUGACCACUUCCCAUGUGGAUACAAGUACGGCUGGCACAAGUGUGAACGCGUCAAAUGCACCUCCCCUCGAUGGACACACGAGUACACCAGUUAUCCUUGCAGGUGUAUUUGGUGGACUGGGUGGUUUCAUUAUACUACUUGUGCUACUCUUUUUCUAUCGACACUAUCGUGGACGUACUAGUUCCUUCGGCUGGCCUCGAUUACGCUGGCGUAGUUCAAGACUACUGAUUCAAAUGCCUUCUCGAAAAGCCUCUAAAAGGGAUCACAUGUCGUCCCCUCUCAUAGCAGAACCCAACGCCACAUACGGAAAUGGGAUGGCAGGUCCUCUCUCUUCCACUUCGCAGACAUCCAACUAUAGCCAGACGAACAUUAGUCCGAAACUGAUGGUCGAAACCAAAAGGCUAACGUUACAGCGUAUGGAAGGGGCGCAAGGGAAUCGAUACACGCUGGGUAGUUCGCCGAGUGAUUUUGGUGACGAUCCAUUUGCAGAUCCAUUUGCUCUGAGUCGGGCGCGUGCCAUUAUGGACACCUCUCCCACCAUCCGCGGGUCGAAUGCCUCUCAAGUCGAUUCGUCCGGGUAUGCUGGCGUGGGAGCGGCGAUGAUGGGUUCAGGAAACCCUUUCUCAGAUCCUAAUGCUGCGGAUCGAGGAGGAAAUGAAUCACCAAUCCCUCCUUGGCAGGUUCCACAGGGGAGAGCUUCGCCGUCGAGGUUGAGGUAUGAAGCUACGUAUGCUGUAUGAUUUUAUCACUUGCGACUGCGCGAACGUUCUUUUGAUGACAGGAUAGGACGACGGGAACACUGGCUGGACGAGAUAGGCUCUGUUCCAAGUACUGGGUACUUCGUUCUUACUUAUUUAUUGUUCAUUCUUUUCAUGUCGUUCAUUGUUCCGUGUAUCAAUUGCGUUGUAUUUCUACCUAUGUACUCGAGUCUACAAUCUGCCGCCUCCUAAAGUCCAUCUGAAGCAGAGUGUCCAUGGAUACUUAACA